AGCUGCACUCCUAUACAUGUAUAUAUGUAAAUAUGUAAACGUAGUAUAUAUAGCAACCACAAACCCAUAUGUAUGUAAAUAGCACAUAAUAUUCUGUGUAUAUAUUUCCCCCUAGUCAGUAAGCGUCAUUCCCAGUUAUAGUCUAGAAGUUUCUAUUUCCCCUUUUUUAUUCGGUAGCGUCCCUUCCAACCUUCCAUAGAUUGCAUCAGCCUUUUAGCUUAAGCACAUAUUUGUACAGUCAAGAAGAUUUAUAAUAAAUUUGGCGAUCAAACCUAUCGGACGUGUCUAUUUUAUUUGCGUUUACAGUCUCAGAAGUGGGGUCGAAUUCCCUUUCCUGAACGUGUGUGCCGGUAAAAUACUGAUUUUUUUUUUCUUUAAGAUUUCAAGGACAUACAUAUUUUCGCAUAAAUAAAACUAACUAUAAAAACGUUGUGAAUAAAAGUUAAGUGAAGUGGUAGGCUUACGAAAGCGGCACGGCGAAAGACAGCCAAAACCAAAAGAAACAGAAAAAAAAUACGAGUAAGCAAAGCCAAUCGUGCAAAAGUAAUUUGAAAGAAAAACAGUGCGAGCAAAGUGGAAAGUUCGUAAAUAAAAAAUAGUUCGGCAAACGAGUGGCAAAGACAAAAGAGUGUUAAAACAAUACAAAUAGGAACGAGAUAGACAAAAGAGUGUAUAACAGCAGACAUAUUAACAUUCAGUAAAUAAGGCAAAAUGGAAUCAAUUUGUGCUAAUGAAUAUACGGCUGUGCAGUUGCGCGCUUGGCUUCAGCAGUUAAAUUUGCCAACAAGCGGCGCAAAAAAUGCGUUGGUCAUUCGGUUAAACGAAGUUCCAGUAGCCGAGCGUGGCCGGUGUCCGUUGGAAGCUGAUGAAAGUUUUGAAAUCGUGGCGUCGGGAAAAAAUGCAGAAGUCACCCCUACUUUACAAGGAAAAAACAAUAACAACAAUGAAUGCGAUGGCAGCGCAUGUGGCGGCGACGGUGAUGUUGACAAUGACGACUGUGAUGAAAACACAAUACAGCAAAUACAACGAAUGAAGCAAGAAUUGGCAGUGCGAGAAAAGCAGGUGUUGGAGAAGGAGAUACAAAUUCUGCGACGUCUUGCAGAACUUAACGUGAAUACAGUGAGCGUCAACGAAACAGCACCACUUCGUUCAGGGCAAGUUCCCAUUGAUAUAAUUUUGAAUAUAGUGCCUGAAUAUGAUGGGCAAUCAAGUGUUGACAUCUGGUUAACUCAAUUCAAAAGUGUAUGCGAUGCGUAUGCAGUUGACGUCACAAUUCAACGUGUCUUGCUACUUAACAAACUAAAGGGAAAGGCAUUACAGUGGAUACACUCUAAACCACACUUUGCGACGGAAGAGUUGGAAUGUUUACUUGCGGAAAUGAAAGAAGUGUUUGGUGCAAAGGAAAGCAAAUUGCUGCUGCGUCAUAAAUUCGAGGCAAGGAUGUGGAGAGCCGGUGAAGGCUUCGCGCAAUAUUACAAUGAAAAGAUAUUGCUGUCAAAUUCAUUGCACUACGAAGAUGAUGAGUUACUAGGAUACUUAAUUGAGGGAAUAACCGAUGAGCAGCUACGCAACCAAGCUUAUUUGCAGUGUUACGCCUCAAAGUCUCAGCUACUACAAGCAUUCUCCAAAAUAAGUUUGAAGCAGAAUGCAUCGAGAGUGGCGUCGAGGGGAACUGCAGCAGCUACAGCAACACAGAUGAGUUACACGAAACGGUGUUAUAACUGCAAUUGUGUUGGUCACUUCGCCCCCGAGUGUAAGAAGCCAAAGAGGGAGAAAGGGGCAUGCUAUGCCUGUGGCAGCAUGGAACAUCGAGUUGCAGUGUGCCCAGAUCGCAAAAACCGAGUCCAGCUGGUAGAUGAUAGCGAAUACAAUGUCUCAUAGAUUCUGGAAGCCCAAUCAGCUUUAUCCGAAGAUCAGCAGUAUGCAAUCAGUUAGAUUUAAAGUUACUGAAAAAUGAAAAUGAAUUAUAUUUUGGUCUAAAUAAGUCAAAAGUGCAAACCUAUGGAAAAUUUUUGUGUUCGAUUAUAAUAAACGAUAAACAUUUUGAUAUUAA